AAGUUGGUUAGCUACGAGUAGUUCUUCACGCCGGUGCAAGCUGCGCCUGUCGUAGCAACGAGAACACAAACGCCAUGGCGGGCAGUAGUAGUAGAAAUGGUGGUCUGCUCACACUCCGCAUCAUUCUUUUGUGCGCCUUCGCCGCCGCUGCUAUCACCUUGCUCCCUCUCGUCAUGGACCCAUGCGCACACUCGCUGUCAAGAAGCAUCCUCGCCGCCAGCGGCCUCGACGCAUACCUCCUCCCCUGCACCACUGACGCCUCCAAGGCUCCAUCGUCGCACGGCAAGGACGCCAAUAGGACCAGCGGCGGUGGAAAUACUGGAGCACGACGACCCAUUAUCACCGACCAGCUGUGCGUCAAGGGCGUGCUCCCACCACACGCGCUCCCGCCCUUCCAGUGCUGCCCGCCGCCGCCGUCGACGUCGUCCGCGUCGGGUCCCAUCAACUUCACGUUCCCGGACCCGGCUGAGCCGCUCCGGACGCGCAGGCCGGUGCAUGUGGUCGGCGCCGAGUACAUGGCCAAGUACGCGCGCGCCGUGGCGCUGAUGAAGGCGCUGCCGCAGUCGGACCCUCGCAGCUUCUACCAGCAGGCCAACAUCCACUGCGCCUACUGCACCGGCGCGCACCGGCAGUUGGGGUACCCGGAGCUGGGCAUACAGAUCCACUUCUCGUGGCUCUUCUUCCCCUUCCACCGCGCCUACCUCUACUUCUUCGAGCGCAUCGCGGCCAAGCUGCUGGGGGACCCCGCGUUCGCGCUGCCCAUCUGGAGCUGGGACGUCCCCGAGGGCAUGGGUAUCCCUGAGGUGUUCACCGAUGAGGCGUCGCCGCUGUACGACCCGAUACGGGAGCCGAGCCACGCGCCGCCCAAGGUGGCUGACCUGGACUUCUCUUAUAGACUGGAGAAGAACUUGACCGACGAGCAGCAGAUCCUGCACAACCUUCGGGUCAUGUAUAAACAGAUGAUUAGCGGCGCAGCGUUGCCCUCCCUCUUCAUGGGGCAGCCCUACCGCGCCGGCGACGCAGCGAAGCCAGGUGCGGGCACGGUGGAGUUGGCGCCACACAACUCGAUGCACACCUGGACCGGCGACAACUCGCGCCCCAACGCCGAGAACAUGGGCGUCUACUACUCCGCCGGCCGCGACCCGCUCUUCUACCCGCACCACGGCAACAUCGACCGCCUCUGGGAGUGCUGGCGCCGCAUCGCCACCGGCAACCGGACCCACGAGGACUUCACUGACCCUGACUGGCUCGACUCGUCCUUCCUCCUCUACGACGAGGAGGCCCGCCUCGUGCGCAUCACCGUCCGCGACGUGCUCCGCACCGAGAAACUCCGCUACACGUACGGCGGCGUCGGCCUUCCGUGGCUCCACGCGCGGCCGCCGACCACGGCCGGCGUCAACCCCAAGGCCAAGGGUGGUGGUCGUCUGGAGGAGUCCGUUCGCUUCCCGGUGGCCCUCGACGCGGCAGUGACAGCGGAGGUGCGGCGGCGGCGUCGUCCGAGAGCGCAGGAGAAGCAGGCGGCGGCGGAGGAGGUGCUGGUGGUCGAGGGCAUCGAGGCGGACGCCGGGGACUUCGUCAGGUUCGACGUGUACGUGAACGCGAGGGACUACCACAGGGUCCCGUCGGGAGGGAGGGAGAUGGCCGGGUCCUUCGUUACCCUGAAGCAUCCCGGCAAGGAGGGAACGGCGCUACGGACCAGGAUGACGGUGGCGCUAAAUGAGCUGCUGGAAGACCUCGGAGCCGAAGGAGACGACAGUGUCACCGUCACGCUGGUUCCGGUAACGGGACAGGUUACAAUCGGAGGCUUGAGAAUCGUGUACAUGGACGAGUGAUUCGAUCGAUCGGCAGACAGUGUGUAUAUGCGUCUCAAGCUGCCGAUUUAUGAAGAAGCAUGGCUAGUUUAACUUAGGCACAUGACCACGCAUGUACUCUCUCCAUUGAGUAUUGGGCUUCGUUCUCAGUGUUUGUACACGGACGGAGAACCGUGUACAGUAGUAUAUAUACGUGCAGGGCUACCGGCUGUCCGCCAUAUCACACAUGGAGCUGCCGUGCAUAUGAAUCAGUGGUUUAUGUGCCUA